UUUCCUUUUGGAGAUGCAGUCAGAAUCAACGGCGGUGAUUGAAGAACCCCAUAUAUUAUUUUUUUAUAAAACACACAGAAAGUUCAACCUAUUCCAUUCAGUCAUCUCUAUUCUCUAGCCUCCACUCUAUUUCUGGCGCUCUCUGUGCGUGCCGCUGGCUCGCUCCUCCACACUGCUCAGCUGACAUUUAACAGAGCAAGAAGAAAAGACUAUCGCCGCCAUGUGUGGAAUCCUUGCAGUCUUCGGUUGCGUAGACAACUCCCAAGCCAAACGCUCCCGCAUCAUCGAGCUCUCCCGGAGGUUGAGGCACAGGGGUCCUGAUUGGAGUGGGCUGCACUGCUAUGAUGAUUGCUAUCUGGCUCAUCAGCGGUUGGCCAUUAUAGACCCUGCUUCAGGGGAUCAGCCACUUUACAACGAAGACAAGACUGUUGUCGUCACAGUUAAUGGGGAGAUAUACAACCACAAGGAGCUGCGGGAAAAAUUGACUUCCCAUCAGUUCCGGACUGGCAGUGACUGUGAAGUGAUUGCGCAUCUAUAUGAAGAGUAUGGAGAAGAUUUUGUGCACAUGUUGGAUGGGAUGUUUUCCUUUGUUCUUCUUGAUACACGUAACAAAACUUUCAUUGCAGCUCGUGAUGCAAUUGGUAUUACACCACUUUAUAUGGGUUGGGGCCUUGAUGGAUCGGUGUGGUUUGCUUCAGAAAUGAAAGCCCUGAGUGAUGACUGUGAGCGAUUUGUGUCUUUCCUGCCAGGGCAUAUUUAUUCGAGCAAGGAAGGUUUGUUCCUUGGAUUGGAAGCUUUAGAAUGCUUACAUUAUCUACACAAAGCUGAAAUUUUCUUAGCAAACGAAAAACACGAUAAUUUCUUGUCUCCUGCACUAGGUUGGUGCCAUUCUCGGCAUCCUUACUAUGGAUGCAGUAUCUAUGCUAGAGGGCGGAGAUUCAAUGUGCAUGCAAGUGGAGAAAAUGCUUCUUUUGUGCUUUCCCAUUCGAUAAUGGCGGUGACCAAACGGCUUAUGACGGAUGUACCAUUUGGUGUACUUCUCUCUGGAGGAUUGGAUUCUUCACUUGUUGCUGCUGUGGCUUCUCGAAAGAUGGCUGAAUUAGCAGCUGCUUGCCAGUGGGGAACACAAUUGCACACCUUUUGCGUUGGUUUGAAGGGUUCCCCUGACCUGAGAGCUGCUAGAGAGGUAGCUGAUUAUCUCCAUACUCGUCACCAUGAGUUCCAUUUUACUGUUCAGGAAGGGAUAGACGCCCUCGAGGAAGUCAUUUACCACAUUGAAACAUAUGAUGUGACCACUAUUAGAGCAAGCACGCCAAUGUUCCUUAUGUCUCGAAAAAUCAAGUCUCUAGGAGUGAAGAUGGUACUUUCUGGUGAAGGCUCAGAUGAGAUAUUUGGAGGCUACUUGUAUUUCCACAAGGCACCCAACAAGGAAGAGCUUCACAAAGAGACGUGUCGUAAGAUAAAAGCUCUGCAUCUUUAUGACUGCUUGAGGGCCAACAAGUCAACUUCAGCAUGGGGUCUUGAAGCUCGGGUACCCUUCUUGGAUAAAGAGUUCAUAAAUGUUGCAAUGAGCAUAGAUCCAGAAUGGAAGAUGAUCCGACCUAACAUUGGAAGGAUUGAGAAGUGGAUACUGCGUAAUGCAUUUGAUGAUGAGAAGAACCCUUACCUGCCAAAGCACAUACUGUACAGGCAGAAAGAACAGUUCAGCGAUGGAGUUGGUUAUAGCUGGAUUGAUGGCUUAAAGGAUCAUGCAAACAAUCAAGUUACAGAUGCAAUGUUGGUGAAUGCAAGUUUUGUCUAUCCUGAAAACACUCCUACUACGAAAGAAGCAUACUACUACAGGACUAUAUUCGAGAAGUUCUUUCCAAAGAAUGCUGCAAGGGCAACUGUACCUGGAGGUCCAAGUGUGGCUUGCAGCACAGCAACAGCAGUAGAAUGGGAUGCAGCUUGGUCCAAGAAUCUCGACCCAUCUGGCCGUGCUGCCAUUGGAGUGCAUGACGCUGCAUACGAGGAUGCUGCUAAGACUCCCUCUGCCAUGAAUGGUGCCUAAAUCGAUGACAUCCCCUAAGCACCAGCAAGCACAGAAGUGUGGUGUUAGUUUAGUUGGAGGAAAGAGCUAUAACUCGGAUUAGACCAGCAAGAAGGAAGGAGGUCUCAGUGCACCAAAUCCUUUUUUAACUGUUAAAUCUCAACUUCCCUCUAGAGCUCACCUCAACCAGUACUAAUUUUCAGAAGUUGAUUGGCUGUGCAUAAUGUGAUAGACGCAGCUUUGUUCUGUUUUCCAUUUAGGUUGUAAUUUGUGGUGAAUGGUUCUCGAGUUUCUCUUCUAAUGCAGAGUCCUAAGCAUGUUCUAGAUUCGCCCACUCGCUGAAUGCUUCCUGUGAAGCCACUGAUAGUACUCCCCUUUGGAUUCCAUACGCAUCGUCAAACUGCAAUGUCGUUGUAAACGUCGACUAAAGAUCUCUCUUCAUAUGACUAAUUCAUGUAAAUGCAUAUGAAAUUACC